AGAGAAGGAAGGGUGUGGACUCGUGCUCGGCGGCUGACAAGCUAAAAGUCAUCGGUUUUUGGUGCUAUGAAGUUGGAUAGUUUUACAGCCCUUGGUUGAUUUUUUUGUCAUGGAGAAACUGGCUUCUUUUUGCCUUUUGAUAGUGCUGCCGUCGGCGGUGCUGAGCGUUUCUUUGGCUCAAAAUGAAACGGUGUACUUCAAGGAAGGCGGUGACUUGACGCUGGAGCCUAGGUUUCCUGACCGCAUUGUCAACAUUUUGUGGAAACUCAAAGGUGAUCUCGUGGCUGAGUGGAUUGAGAAAAUUGUUCCAUUGGAAUAUUAUGGCAGGUUUAAAGGCCGAACAGACCUGGACAUAAAAACUGGAAAACUGGUCAUGAGAGACUUGACGAAAGAGGAUGAGGGCCUGUUUACCCUCGAACUGAACAGCAAAGUCCAGCCUCAGCGCUACAUCUCCAAAGCCAUCAAGGAGGUGCUCAAGCCUCAAAUAUGGAUGCAGCCUGUGGCUUGUAGCCCUGAUAAGCACUCUCAGUGUGCGCUGAGCUGUGAAGGAGACACUGCGGAUGCAGGGCCUGUCACUUUCAGCUGGAUGGAGGGAGACAAGCAGUCGCAGAAUAAGGAGAAUAUCAUUCAGAUCACCAAGGCUGAUUCAGCUGAUGUUGAAACAUACACAUGUCAGAUGAAGAACCCGGUCAGCAAGAAAGAAAGUGACGCCCAUAAGAACCCCUUCUUCACGGGGCCACCUCCACCACUUAUUCCUAAUGCGAUGGCUGUUGGUAUACCUGUCGCUGUCAUCCUUGCGGCUAUGGCUGCGGGUUUGGGCUGGAAAUUCAAGGACAAGAUUGCGAAUUUUUUUUGCCCUAAUAAACAAGACGGAGUAAGCAAUGGCAAUGGUGCUAACAACGAGGAAAACAACAGCACUCCACUCACAGAUACAAAUACUGAGGCUGCUGAAAGACUGUGAACAUGUGGAGCUCUUAUCUUGCAUGAACAGGAUCAGAUCUGCUCGGUGCAGCCCAGACUGUUAUUGCUGCAAACACAUGCUGAGAACAACCUGUUUUAGCAUUCUGAGGUGUGCGCCUUUGGUUGUUACGUCCAUCGAGAGGUCAAGAAAAUGAUUGUAUUUUCUUCUUUGUGCACCUUGUUAAGAGCUGGCUGAUUCGGACUUGAACAUAAAUAGGAUUUUUAAAUGGAAGGAUGCGUGUCUGACAUUGACUGAACUCAGAAACCCCCUGGUUCAAUCAAUUCAGAAUUAUUUCAGACUUAGUAUGCAGUAUAUCAACAAUCCUGAUUGAUUCCAUGAAAAUUCUCACAAUUAUUAAUAUAAAUCUGCAGCCUGGCUCAUUCUUAAUUAUUUAAUGCAAGCUUCUAUCUCUGCAAACCUUAAUGAACUAGUCAGACAAAAAAAUAUGUUCUUAUCAGACAUCAAAAGACUUACUGAUGAUUUUACAUGCUUGUGUAAAAAUGUUGACAUUUUGGACAAUUGGAGUAUGCAGUGAACAAACACAAGUAACUGUGUAUCAUCUUGCUUCAGAGUUUCUCACCAUGUACAUUGGCACUUCUUCUAAACCUCUGUGAUGCAUUUUAGCUUUUACUGAUUUUUAUUUUACUUUCACCACAUCUGCUCAGUCAACUUGCAUCUUUAAAAACAUUACACAUUUUAUAAAAUUAUUGUAUUUUACUGUAUGUGACAUGUAUUUUUAUACAUUGUGCCUUAUGAAAUACAUUUGUUAAACUAC